AUGGCUUCGCAAGAUGUGAACCUUACAACUGAGGAUGAAGCAACUGCACAGAAUCCUCCACCGAAAAAAUCUAAAUAUAAGGAGAAGAUACUAAAGGCUUUAAAAAAUCCAAUGACAGUUAUGAAAUUACUCCUUAUGAUUGUACUUUUAAUUGUGGGAAAUGCGGUAUUAUUUAUGUCAUUAAAAUUGGUCAGUCUAAGAAAUGAAGAGGAAACUGCCUUAGGGAUCGAGAUUGGUACUCAAA